AUGGUUAUGUCCAAAAGGCAACAAAUGCACUUCGAAUCAGCAGUAAAAUUGCAGCAAAACUCAGCUGAAAGCUGCAGCAGAGAUCUCCUCGAAUUGUACAAAAGAAGCAGCAGUUUUGUCAAGGCAUCAGUAGCACAACUGAGUAUAAGUAACCCACGGCAAGGAAAGAAGGUUUCACCUAAGGUUGCCGGUAUAGGAAAAGGUCGCGGUGCAAGCAAGGUAACCUCACGGUUGCGCGAUGAAGAUCAACUCAAAGACACAAGGGAUACAAAGAAGCCCACUGCACCUAGCAGGCCAGCCUCACCAUCCGAAAGUUCCUCCUCGUCUGAUGAGGAGAGUUCUUCUAGUUCUUCGAGCCAUAGUAGACCCAGGGAGGCUGUCACACCACCACACCAGCCUCAACCACCCAUUAGACAGCCUACUGCGGAGGAGCGCGAAUAA